GACGACGAUGAUGUUCCUGACAGAACUUGUUCUUCUCGAGGUCUUGCCAGGAAAAGAAGAAGGUCAGCCCCUUCGUCAGAUCGUUUUAACUCAUCUUCGUCUUCAUCGUCAGAGCCGCCUGUUAGUGACGAGGAAGAUAAGGACGAGAUCAACAUCGCAGGAGCUCCCUUACCGAAACGGCAGAAACAGGAAGCAGGGAAUAAUAAAGCAGCAUCACCUAGAAGUUCUGUCACAGCAGGAGCAUCAACAGCAUCAUCAUCGGCAAAGAGUAAAAGUGAAGCAGAAGAUCAUGGUCAACAAGAACAUCAAGAAGAUCAGAAAACAACCUCAGAUUCCUCGCCACCCGGCUUUGGCCCGGAGGUGAACAGCAGCAGGGAUGAAGAUGAGGAUGGCAAUGGCUACUAUACCACGCCAGUAGGAGCACCUCCGGGCUGGCGUGUCCGGGCGUCGCGGAAGCCUUCGCUCGCCACCAUUUACG